AUGUCCUUUGCUGACUUGGAACGUGGAGAGGGCGGCGGAAUCAGGAGACAGGCACCAGGUCCCAGUCCCCUUGGUGGCAACGGCAAUGGCAAUGGCAACGGAAACGGUCAUGGCAACGGUCAUAACGGAAACAACUGGGGAAGAGGUGCCCCUGCCAACGUCGGCGACGUCAAUCAACAUGCCUACAAGGCCAUGAUCCAACAAGUCUCCCAGCAAAUCUUCCGUAUCUCCUCCAACGUUUCCUCAAUACAGCGUCUGGUUGGCUACCUCGGCACCAUCAAGGACACACAGGACGUCCGCACUAAGCUGCAGGAUUUGACUGAGCAGACCCGCGUUCAGGUCCGUGAGACCAGUCAGAGUAUCAAGGAUUUGACCCAAUUCGAUGCCUCUGGUAAAAAAUUGGAGCACCAGAAAGUAUCCAAGGACUUCCAAAAGGUCUUGGUCGAUUUCCAAAAGGUCCAGAGGGUAUCUGCCGAAAAGCAGCGUGAGUUUGUCCUCAAGGCCCGUCAAGUUGCCGCCAAGGGCGACUACUCUGACGAUGAAGGCGUGGAUAUCGACGACCAGCCUUUGAUCAACGACAACCAGAGGCGCAUGCAGUUGUUGGUCGUCGAUAAUGAGCUGGAAUAUAACGAGUCAAUGAUCACACAGCGCGAAGAUGAGAUCCGGGAGAUUGAGCAGGGUAUCACCGAGCUCAACGAGAUCUUCCGCGAUCUCGGCACAAUGGUGCAUGAGCAGGGCAGCAUGCUUGAUUCGAUUGAGUCGAAUGUCACAUCGAUUAGCAUGAGCACACACGCGGCGGCUGAGGAACUGACAAUAGCAGCAGUGCACCAGAAGAAUGCACGCAACAAGUCGUGCUACAUUUUGCUGAUCGCCGCUGUCGUCGCUGGCAUUGUUAUUUUGGCAAUCCUUUAG